GAGAGCAAGUUAGGAUGCAGCACCGUCCUCGCUUUAGUCCUUUAGCUGCUGGAGGUCGUUCGAGUCACAUCGCUUCGGAGAUCGGCCUGAGAUGUUGUCCCGUGUUGUUAGGCCUGUUGCCGCCGGGCUCGGCAAGAGUUUCUCCAGCUCCUCACAGAGCAAUGCCAGGGUGGCAGUAUUGGGUGCAUCAGGUGGCAUUGGACAGCCUCUCUCUCUGCUACUGAAGAACAGUCCUCUUGUAAGUGAGCUCUCGCUAUAUGACAUUGCUCACACGCCUGGUGUCGCAGCAGAUCUCGGUCACAUUGAGACCAGGGCAAAAGUAACGGGCUUUAUGGGUGCUGAGCAGCUGCCUGAUGCUUUAAAAGGAUGUGAAUUGGUGGUUAUUCCUGCUGGAGUACCGAGGAAACCUGGCAUGACUCGAGAUGAUCUGUUUACCACAAAUGCUUCAAUAGUUGCAGAUCUAACAGAAGCUUGUGCCCGGCAUUGUCCAGAGGCAAUGAUUUGCGUCAUCGCCAACCCUGUGAACUCCACAAUACCAAUUACAUCAGAAAUCUUCAAGAAACAUGGAGUAUACAACCCUAACAAAAUCUUUGGUGUGUCAACAUUGGAUGUCGUCAGAGCCAACACCUUUAUUGCUGAGCUUAAGGGCCUUGACCCCGCACGUGUGUCUGUACCAGUGAUUGGAGGCCAUGCUGGAAAGACCAUCAUCCCUCUGAUCUCUCAGUGCAAUCCUAAAGUGGAAAUCCCUCAGGAUAAGUUGCAGGCUUUGACAGGAAGAAUUCAAGAUGCUGGCACAGAGGUGGUCAAGGCCAAGGCUGGAGCAGGUUCUGCCACCCUCUCAAUGGCUUAUGCUGGCGCCAGAUUUGUCUUCUCACUCUUGGAUGCUAUGAAUGGUAAAGAAGGAGUGGUGGAAUGUGCAUUUGUCCGGUCUGAAGAAACUGAAUCUCCAUACUUCGCCACACCUUUACUACUUGGGAAAAGUGGCAUAGAGAAGAACCUUGGGCUGGGUAAACUAUCUGCCUUUGAAGAAAAGCUUGUAGCAGAAGCUAUGGGUGAACUGAAGGCUUCCAUAAAGAAAGGCGAGGACUUUGUGAAGAGCCGAAGCAAAUAAUUGGUUAUAUCGAUAUGUAUGGAAUGAGGAAAACUCCUCCAGCCUGUUUCAAACCUCCAACACGUGUGGUUGCUUAGUGUUGGUUGCUGCUAUGUCUGUUUGCUAUCUAUUUUUAAAACUCAAUCGUCAUAGCAGAUGUAAAAUUGUCAUUAAAUUACAAGCAUUAUUUCUCCAACAUUGUUUUAUAAACUUCCACUGAAGAUUAUUCUGCUACCAUGCAUUUCAUUGCAAGUGCAAAUAAAUGUACACCUACAGAGAAUCUCUGAAGUUGGCAUAUGCAAUACUUGCAUCCUGUGAUUUUUCCCUUCUAUUUCAAAUACAUUAUCUGAUAAAUUGCUGGUGAUGCAAAGCAACCCAUUCAUUUAAAUCCUCUGGAAAAUUGUUUGCUUUUGUUUUGUGUCUGAUUCUUGCCCCAAGCAGCUGGUUAAAGCUGCUGCUUCUGCUAUUCAGCAAGACCGUAGCUAAUUCUGGUCUUUGGCGUUUAUUCCACUUUGCUUUCUGAUCUCUAAUCCUCAAUUUCCCCUUUAGUCCAAAAAUCUAUAUCUCAGCCUGGAAUAUACUCAGUGACUUUAUUCGUGGCUCUCCAGGGCACUAUUCUAAAGAUCCAUCGUCCUGGGGAGAAAUUUCAUCGGAAUCUUGAGCAAUUAACCCAUUUAUCCUGAGGCCAUGUUCUCUAAUUGUAGAGUGCUCAUCUGAUGAAACAUUCUUGAGGUAGCUGCAUUGUUAAGCCCACUAACAAUACCACAUUGCUGAGAUUGCUUCAAUAUCGAUACCACCAGGGUGUGCUGCAUGGUGGCACCCUCACCAACAAUCUGUCUGUCUUUUCGUCUUUUUUUUGGGGCUAUUUUUCGUUUUAUGGGCGGUGGGGGAGGGGGUUGGGGGAAAUUUUUUCUCAAUCUCUUAGCUUUCUGGAGAUGCGAUUGUUUUCUGGAUCGUAUCUCCGGUCGCUCUGCGGCCGAACAUCAUGGAGCUGGAGACCUUGCUCUAGACUGACUGAGCCCCACUGCAGGGAUGUGGACUUGCCACCGGAGCCAAUCCCUUGCCUGGGAUUGAUGCUCCAACCGCGGCCUGCGAAUUUCACCAUCGAGGAGCUCGCAGUCUUGGAUUAAGACCCAUGUCGGGAAGCUCAAGUCGCAAGAGGUUUGACUAGCCCCAACCCGGGGUCCGAUCGCCUGGUGCAGGGGAGCUGAGGUUCUUCCCUCCCCCCGGUUCAGGAACUUGAUAGCCCAGACGCGGAGGGCCUGACCGCCGGCUACGGGAGCCAAGAUCGCCCCGUCAACGGAAGGCUCGAGGCCCCCCGAACGCGAAGAACAAAGAAGAGAUGAGAUUGAACUUUUUUUUGUCUUCCCUCACAGUGAGGAACGUGGAGGAGUCACUGUGGUGGAUGUUUUGUUAAAAUGUAGCUUGUGUGCUCAGUUGCUUGUUAUUGGUAACUGUACGGUAAAUCAAAUUCCUCGUAUGUUGCAAAACAUAUUUGGCUAAUAAAGUAUUGUGAUUAU